AGUGAGGUUCGGAGGUGGAGCUGAGUGUUUCUCCUAAGCUAGUUCUUCCUUGCUUUUGAAUCCGUAUCAUUAAGGUAGUAGUGGAGAGACGGCAAGCCUUGAGUGACAGCUGGGUGUCCUAAAUUAGACAGCAGCACUUCUGCCUUAACACCUGUUGUUGGCCACCCCAUUGGUGUGUGUGUAGUCUGUAACAACAAAAUAAAUGAGCCCAGCAAACCCUGCUGAACUUGCCAUAGUAUUCAGGCACUCCCUGGCUGGUGUGAGAGUUGAAACAGGCUUAGUGAAUAGGAUCUGAGAGCGCAGAGGCUGAUAAAGUUUGGGUAUGAGAUUUCAUGUACCUAGAGCUGAUCGCUCAUUGCCUCGCAGUGCUGGCCACCUUCAGAGCGCUGCUGCUCUAAGUGAUCAUCUCUGCUGGUUUGGCUGAUUGCGCUGUCACUCAUCAGAAGUUCAGUCUCCUUUGCAGUCUAGGUAGGUACCCGGUCCUGCGUUAUCCUGGGAUUCCCCUGAGGCUGCCACAAGCGUAGGUGGACUGGUGCUCUAAGAGAGCACGCGAUCACAGGCAUGAGACAUGGCAUCUGUCAAGGUAGCAGUGCGACUCCGGCCGAUGAACCGCAGGGAGAAGGAUCUGGAGGCUAAAUUUAUUAUUGAAAUAGAAGGAAAGAAAACAACAAUUACCAAUGUAAAGCUGCCAGAUGGUAUCACUGGAGAUUCUGGGAGAGAACGGACCAAAACAUUCACGUAUGACUUUUCCUACUUUUCAGCAGACAGCAAAGAUUCAAACUUCGCCUCUCAAGAAAGGGUUUUUAAGGAUCUUGGAACAGAUGUUCUAAAAUCAGCCUUUGAGGGUUAUAAUGCCUGCGUGUUUGCCUAUGGACAGACUGGGUCAGGCAAGUCCUAUACCAUGAUGGGGAACCCGGGUGACUCUGGCCUUAUACCAAGGAUUUGUGAAGGAUUAUUCAGUCGAAUUUCUGAAACUACAAAAUGGGGUGAAGCUUCUUUUCGAACUGAAGUCAGUUACCUAGAAAUUUACAAUGAAAGAGUGAGAGACCUACUGAGAAGAAAGUCAUCUAAAACAUUUAAUUUGAAAGUUCGCGAGCACCCAAAGGAAGGUCCUUAUGUUGAAGAUUUGUCAAAGCAUCUUGUUCAGAAUUAUAGUGAUGUAGAAGAACUUAUGGAUGCCGGGAACAUCAACAGGACGACCGCAGCCACUGGAAUGAAUGAUGUGAGCAGCAGGUCCCAUGCCAUCUUCACCAUUAACUUCACUCAGGCAAAAUUUGAUGCUGAAAUGCCCUGUGAAACCGUUAGUAAGAUUCACUUAGUGGAUCUUGCUGGAAGUGAGCGAGCUGAUGCCACCGGUGCUACGGGAAUGAGGCUCAAGGAAGGAGGAAACAUUAAUAAAUCUCUAGUAACUCUGGGAAAUGUUAUUUCUGCCUUAGCCGAUUUAUCUCAGGAUGCAUCCAACCAUCUUGCAAAGAAAAAGCAAGUCUUUGUGCCUUACCGGGAUUCCGUCUUGACUUGGCUGUUAAAAGAUAGCCUGGGAGGAAACUCUAAAACCAUAAUGAUAGCCACUAUUUCACCUGCUGAUAUCAAUUAUGGAGAAACCUUAAGUACACUUCGCUAUGCAAAUAGAGCCAAAAACAUCAUCAACAAGCCCACCAUUAAUGAGGAUGCUAAUGUCAAACUAAUUCGGGAGCUUCGAGCUGAAAUAGCGCGCUUGAAAGCCCUGCUUGCUCAGGGGAAUCAGAUUGCGCUAUUGGAUUCGCCAACAGCUUUAAGUAUGGAAGAAAAACUCCAACAGAACGAGGCCAGAGUAAAAGAAUUAACUAAAGAAUGGACAAACAAAUGGAACGAGACACAAAAUAUAUUAAAAGAGCAAACUCUGGCUCUGCGGAAAGAGGGUAUCGGCGUAGUCCUAGACUCUGAGCUGCCUCAUCUCAUUGGUAUUGAUGAUGAUCUUCUCAGCACUGGCAUUAUUCUGUAUCACUUGAAGGAGGGCCGUACAUAUGUUGGAAGAGAAGAUGCUGCCUCGGAACAAGACAUUGUUCUCCAUGGCCUUGAUUUGGAAAGCGAACAUUGCAUUUUUGAAAACGUAAAUAGCACGGUGACUCUGAUCCCACUUAAUGAAGCGCGGUGUUCGGUAAAUGGAGUUCGUGCACUUGAACCAACACAGCUGAACCAAGGUGCUGUUAUUUUACUCGGAAGGACUAAUAUGUUUCGCUUCAAUCAUCCCAAGGAAGCUGCGAAAUUGAGGGAGAAGAGGAAGAGUGGCCUAUUGUCUACUUUCAGUUUAUCAAUGACAGAUCUUUCAAAAUCUUGUGAAAAUCUCUCAACUGUAAUGCUCUACAAUCCUGGACUUGAAUUUGAAAGGCAGCAACGAGAAGAACUUGAGAAACUGGAAAAUAAAAGAAAGCUUAUUAAGGAAAUGGAGGAAAAGCAAAAAUAUGAAAAGGCAGAACUGGAGAAAAUGCAGCAGGAAGUGGAGUCUCAACGUAAAGAAACAGAGAUUGUCCAGCUACAAAUCCGCAAACAAGAAGAAAGUCUGAAACGCAGGAGCAUGGACAUUGAAACAAGGCUCAAAGACUUGAUGGCUGAAAAAGAAAAAUUUGAAGAAGAAAGGCUGAAGGAACAGCAGGACUUAGAAUUGCAAAAAAAGAAGCAGGAAGAAGAGUGUUUCAUUAAAGUUCAAGAAGAACUUAAAAGGCUCAGAGAACUUCACAAUGCAGAAAAAAAUGAGAAAAUGGAAAUCUUCAAAGAGCUGGAAAAACUGAAAAAAGAGAAGGAUGAACAGUACUUCAAGUUAGAAAUGGAGAAGAAGCGACUUGAAGAACAAGAAAGGGAACAGCUGAAGCUUGUCCUUCGCCUUGAAGAACAGCUAAGAGAAAAGCAAGAAAUGAUCCAACUCCUUAAAAGAGGUGACUUUUUGAGGUUAGAAGAUGAAAUCAAGGUUCUGGAAGAUGUCAGAGAAGAUCUUUUACGGGUAAAGGAAGCCAGGUCAGAAGGUGACGAAAAUCCUGAUGAUGAUGUUGAAAAAGCCACAAAUAAGUACACAGAGUUUAAGAAGAUGCAACUUGACAAACUCUCAACUUCAGUGGUUGAUUUGAACCAACAAAGUGAGUGCUUAGAAAGGGAAAUUGUUUCUGAUCGCGAUAUUCUUCAUAAACUUAGUCUUUCAAAUGGAGAGCACUUAGCUCUUCACCGAAAAGAUGAAGAAUGUUCGUUAGACUCAAUCCAAAUGGCAGAAGAAGGAGAAUUAAUUAAACAAGCGGAGCACAGACUUCAUUGUAAAGAAAGACAGCUUGAGUACAUAAAACAAAAAUGCAUACCAGCGUUGUUGGAGGAAAAGCAAAGGACAUCGGAGAUCCUUGAUGGUGGCUUGCUUGGAUUAGAUAAAACCCUAUAUCAGAUUGAGAAAGAGAUUGAAGAGAAAGCAGAUCAACUUGCGCAGUUUAGAGCAAGUAGUGACCAGCUGCAACAGCUUCAAGAAACCUUUGAAUUUACAGCAAACAUUGCUCGCCAGGAGGAGAAAGUUCGGAAGAAAGAGAAAGAAAUUCUUGAAUCGAGGGAAAAGCAACACAGAGAGGCUUUAGAACAAGCAGUUGCCAAACUGGAAAGAAGACAUUCUGCCCUUCAGCGCCAAUCAACGAUCGAUGUGGAAAUCGAAGAGCAAAAGCGUAAACUUGCUGCUAUGGACAGCAGUCAGGAGCAGGCCGGUCUGCAAGCAAGUUUAGAGGCAGAGCAGAAGGCUUUGGAGCAAGACAGAGAGAGAUUAUCUCAUGAAAUUCAGCAGCUGAAGCAGAAGAUACAUGUGGCUGAUCCACUUUCAAAAAGUCUUUCAGGUACCAUGGAAGAAAAGCCUUCUCUUGCCAACUCUCCUGCAAGCCCGGGGAAAUUUCAGUCACAUUUGCUUCAAUUGACUGAUGACAGAAUCCAUGCUUAUAUUGAAGAGGAAGUGCAGAGACGGCUUCAAAAUAUUAAUUUACCAUGUGAAGACCUCAGCAGCCUCAGCUUUUCCUAUUCUUCAGAAGCCGGCGAGGGUUACAGCACAUCGCUCAAUGGGACCAUUCAAAGAAAGCUGAAAUAUGAGCGGUUAAUAUCACGUUCAUUAGGUGUAAAUCCUGAUGAUCUCACGGAUCCAGUUAGAAUAACUAUACCUCGAUAUGUUCUCUGUGGACAAGGAAAAGAUGAGCACUACGAGUUUGAAAUAAAGAUUACAGUCUUGGAAGAAACAUGGACCGUGUUUAGACGAUACAGCCGUUUCCGUGAAAUGCACAAAACAUUCAAAAUAAAAUACCCAGAGCUUACUGCCUUAGAAUUUCCACCAAAGAAGCUCUUUGGAAACAAGGAUGAACGUUUUAUUGCUGAACGAAGGGCUCAUUUAGAGAAAUACCUGAAAAACUUUUUCACUUUGAUGCUGAAGUCUCCAACAUCACCGCUGCAUAUUAAUAAAGUCGGAUUAACUCUUUCCAAACACACAAUCUGCGAAUUUUCACCAUUUUUCAAGAAAGGCGUCUUUGACUACAGCAGCCACGGGACUGGAUAAUGAGGAUAAGAAAAGAAAGUGCCUUGUAAUUUAUAAAGACUUUAGUUGGAAAUAAAAGUUGGCAUAUACUGAAAAGAGACUUCAGCCGUAUCUAUAUAUUUGGAACAAUUAGGCUGUCAAAUAACUUGUGUUUCAAGCGCUAUUCUGAAGACGACUUGUCUGCAUUAACACACUGUGACCUGGCGUGUCAUUGCAAAGCCAGCAUUGGCCUUCUUGGAAUAUAUAUAGGGUUAAUUCAAUUCUGUGCAGAAGGACAACCUAGUUAUUUAGUUUUUAUCUGAUCAGAGGGAAGCAAUAUUAGUUCCAAUUGUGUUAUAAGCUAAACUUCUAAUAAGUAAAUAUGAAGCUGUGUGUCUUCCUGUAUUAUUAAUCUCAGACUGCGAGCAGACUGUAUGGAAAAUAUGCAAAGUGGGUUAACAUGCAUAGUAAUUGGUACCUGUAAGAGGUGCCUGUCUCUUUUACAAACAUGCACAUUCUGAUUGUAAAAAUUUAUUUUGUCUUCACCUGCACUUAUACUUUAACAGAUCAGCACGUUUUAUACUUUACAUGGUGCCUAAACUGGCACAUGUAUGUUUGUGAAUAAUAAGCAUUUAAAAUGUAUAUUGGUGAUUUUAUAUUUGUGCUUCCAUAAAACAUACUUGCAUAUA